AUGUGGUCGUCACUGAUCAUCUGGUCUGGUUUGACCAUUCUGCAAAUCAGAGCCUUCGCCGAGUUGGUACCCGAGAUUAAUCAAGGGUGCAUCUUCCUGGAUUCUCAACUUCCAGGCAGAGUUUCUUUCCCAAACUCGACGCAAUACGCGUUGUCAAAUAUCUACUACUCUGGCCGCCAGGCUGAGAUCCACCCCGCCUGUUUCGUGACGCCCGAAGAUACCGAGGACGUUGCAACCACGAUCAAGAUCUUGACCUCAGCGUCUGUUCCCUUCACGGUCAAGAGUGGUGGCCACACGGCGUUUGAUGGAGGAUCCAAUAUUGCGCACGGGGUGACCAUUGAUUUAGUACGUCUCAACCAGAUCACCCUGUCCGACAAUCGCCAAACCGUCUCGGUCGGACCUGGCAAUCGAUGGGUCAACAUCUCGGAAAUACUUGACCCGCUGAGUCUUGCUGUUGUGGGCGGACGAGUCAGCGAUGUCGGCGUCAGCGGGCUCAUCCUCGGUGGUGGCAUAUCGUAUUUUUCGGGACGCUACGGAUGGGCCUGCGACAAUGUUCGCAACUUUGAAGUCGUCUUGGCUUCCGGCGAAGUUGUCAAUGCUUCUCCAGAAUCCAACAAAGAUCUUUUCUGGGCUCUCAGAGGAGGAGGUGGGAGCAACUAUGGAAUAGUUACACGAUUCGAUCUCGUGGCUUUCGAACAGGGCGAUGUAUGGCUACACAACGCGCUGUACCCCCUUUCUUCGAGCACCGAGCUUGUGCCUGCCUUUGUGGACCUGUCUGUCAACGGCUUGCCAGCCGAUCCUGACGGGCAUACAUUCUUCGUCAUGACCAAUUUGGCAUCUCUCGGUGGAUUUAUCAUUGCAAACUACCUCUACCAUGCCACGCCCCCUUCAUCUGCGGGAGAGACGCCCGAGGUUUUUGCAAAGAGUGCAUCCGUUGCUGGAUCGUUUCUCAAUACUACCACUGUGGCAAACAUCACGACUCAUUCCAAGGCAAUCUCCGAACCAUACGGAGGGCGCAAAGCUUGGGCCGGGACCUCUGUCUACUUGGGAGAGGGGGCAGCACAGCUUCUCCAAGACAUCAUUCCGCUCUAUCAAGAACAUGCCAAUCGUCUCCUGUGUGCGGCAAAAGCCACAAACGAGACGGUGGAACCGUUCUUUACCUAUCAGCCCAUCACUGCAAACAUUCUGGACGCGAUGCAAAAAAAUGGCGGGAACGCCUUGGGACUCACCCCAGAAAGGGGCCCACUGGUGCAUAUUUCGGUAGUCACACACUGGGAAACAUCGCAUCUUGACCAUCUUGUGCAACAGAGUGCCGCAGACCUCAUUUCCCAGAUACAGGUUCUUGCAGAGGAGAGAGGCUUGUUUGCAGGUUACACGUACAUGAACUACGCCGAGAAGAAUCAGGAUGUGUACGCUGGGUAUGGACAGGAGAACCACGAACGUUUGAAGGAUAUCGCAGCAGCCUACGACCCUGACGGACUGUUGAGAAACCUUUGGAGAGGUUAUUUCAAAGUUUAA